UCGUCGAGUUUUUCCGAGUGACAUCUCUGUGUGAAAAUAGGAAUACCGAACACGUUUGACGGUGUAAAACGUCAUAAAUUCAAAAUUUCAAAUGAUCAAAUGAUUAAAGUGACACUAGUAAAACCCGGUUAUCGUCGUGUUUGUGGAAAAGUUUGCCUGUGACUGUGAGUGUUGCCUCUUUUUUUCCCUUUCAAUUUCAGCGAACGUCAUUUUUUGAAAAAAAAUCUUUCAACAACGUUUAUUAGGUUUUUUAACGAUCGGGAAAGCGCAGUGAGAAAAAUUUAUCGGAGAGUGGACAAUUUUAUAUAUUUACGCGCAUAUGUUAUCGAACAUUAUCAGUUGAAAAGUUAACCGAAGGGAAAGAGAGGUAAAACUUGUCAUGGAAUCCACCAUCGCUCUAUAGAUAUUCGCAACAUGGCGAUCGUUUGAUUGUGUACAGAUGGCCCAAUCGACAGGAAAACAAAGAGAGAGAAAAGUAGCGUGGAGAAAGAGGGUGAGCAAUAAGUUUGACUGAAAGAGACGAAAGUUUAUUUUUUUUUUUAUUUUGAAAACUUUCUGUCUUUAUAUAGGAAAUAACGAGAGUGUGAGUGAAUUGAUUAUAGAAAAUUCUUCUCGAAUCUCGCUUUAAUUAAGGCACCUCGUUUAAUAUUUAGUGGGUCUUGUUUCAUUAAGAAAAAAAAAAAAAAAAAACCCACCUGAGGCUUUUUUAUACUUCUUUAUUUUUGACUAUGUAUCACGUCACAUUGUCACCUCACGCAAUGGUGCAGUUAAUGGGUGGCCAGCAAGCAGGUGGACCAUGUUUGCCAAUUCAGAAUCACACAACUUAUUACAAUGGUGCAAAUCAUUUGCAUCAAACAGAAUACACUCAAUUUGUUCCUGAUGCUUCUAAUCAUAGCAGGCAUCAUAUUCUGCAGACUUCACCUCUACAAGCAGGAUCACAUCCUAUUGAAUUAAUUCAGCGAAUGGGUGUAGACGUACAACAAUUUCGUCGUGCAAACUACAAUAUGCAUGGGAAUGGCUCGUCAAAUAAUAAUUGGCCAAAGCGAAUAAGUCAUUCAAAUAAUAUACCCACAAUGCCACCUCCGCAUCUUAAUUUUCGACCAGCUAGCACAGGCUCGAUAAAAAGAACAAAUUGGAAUAAUAAAGGAAAACGAAAUCUUCAUCGAGAUUCAUUUUCGCCAAAGGAACUCUAUAACAGCGAUAGUGGAUUUUCUUCACGUUCACCAACGCCGAAUAAACAUCAGAACGAUAGCAGUUUAACUGAAAGUUCUGAUGAACGGGAUUCUAUUAAUUCUAUAGGAGAACAAGGAACUAAGCGUCUUCAAGAGGUGCAUUCAACAAUUAGCCAUAUGCAUAAUUCAAAUAGUAUUAAUCGCGGAAGUUUGAUUUCAAAUACUUCUGUCCAUCAAUAUUGCCAAAGCCAACGACCUGUCAAUUAUUACAAUAAUUCUAUCCAAGUACCUAGAGCACCAGUACAAAAUUACCAGAAUAAAAGAAGAUAUUCUGGGAGGAAUAGCCCACCUCAGCAGAGGACACAAAGAAAUAGAAAAUUUACAGGAAUGAUGACUCAAACGUUUGCGUUUGUUCCGCGAUAUGUAAUUGGUCCAGAUAGAUUUUUAGAGGAAGUUCCUCACAUGGAAGUCACACAGAGGCCGGAUAACUUAAUUACUAAUUCAAUUUGGGACAAUCUAUCAGAGAAUGUUUGGGAAAAAUUUAUCUCCAAUCAACAAUCUAAUACAACUUACAGAAACAAGAUGAUGCUCUGGAAAUAUUUGUACAUUUUUAUAAAAUCGGAGUUUCCAAAGUAUGGCUUGUUUUUGGUGGGUUCGACAAUGAAUGGUUUUGGUUCUGAAAGUAGUGACGUUGAUAUAUGUCUUUUAAUAAAACACACAGAAAUGGACCAAAAAAAUGAAGCCAUUUAUCAUUUAGAUCAUAUUUUAAGAAGUUUGAACAGAUGCGAUUUUAUCAAGAAUUUAGAACUGAUUCAAGCAAAAGUCCCAAUUCUCAAAUUUCAUGACGCAUUACAAAAGCUAGAUGUCGAUUUGAACUGCAAUAACUCAGUUGGCAUUAGAAAUACCCAUUUAAUGUAUUGUUAUUCACGAAUCGAUUGGAGAGUGCGACCUCUUGUUCUCGUUGUGAAGCUUUGGGCACAAUGUCAAAAUAUUAACAACGCUAAAAAUAUGACCAUUUCAAGUUACUCGCUAGUUCUCAUGGUUAUACACUUUUUACAAUGUGGAAUAACUCCUGCUGUCCUGCCAUGUUUGCAUUCUAUUUAUCCAAAUAAGUUCAGUCCAAAUUCUGAUCUACAUUCGAUUGACAUUCACGAGGAUUUACAUAUACCAGUUAAUGAGCUCCCUUCUCCCAAUUAUCAAAGCCUUGGAGAGCUUUUGGUUCAAUUCUUUAAAUUCUACAUCACGUUCGAUUUUAGUCAGUAUGCAAUUUCUGUGAGAGUUGCCAAUAAAAUUCCUAUUGAAGAUUGUCGAAGAGUGCGAUCUUUUAAAAAUGAUCCUCAUCAGUGGAAAUAUCUUUGCAUUGAAGAACCCUUUGAUUUGACCAACACAGCAAGAUCAGUUUACGAUCCUGAAGUUUUCGAGAAGAUCAAACAAAUUUUCCGGGUAAGUUAUCAACGAUUAAAUGAAACACGCCAAUUGUCCAGCAUAUUCGUAAAGCUCGACAUUAAAGCCAAAACGUCACUCGUCACAACGUAAUUACGUGCUGUGAAUUAGCACUGAGUAGAAGAUUAGUUAGCAGAAUUGUAUAUUGAAAAAGAAAGAAAAGAAAAAAAAAUCUCAAAGAUGAACAUAAACGUCACUACUUUAAGAUUGUGUACGUUUUAAAAACGGCUUACGAUUAAAAGUGAUUUAGGGUACAAGUAUUAUAGAAGACACAAGAUAUGGGCUUCGCAUAAUAAUGAAAAUUAGUGCCAAAAUCCAUUGAUUGAGAAUAACUUUAAGAACUUGGACUAUUUUGUUUUUGUCACGAUUAUAAUAAUCGAGAGAAAAAACAAAUUCUUUUCACAAUGAAGCACUAGUUAAAAGAGAAAAAAACAACAAAAACCAAAAAAAAAAAAAAAAAAAAAAUCUCGAUCACUAGUGAUUCUCUAGUUUUAAAAACUGCUGGCAUGUGAGAUAAUAUUAACAUCUUUUUUAAAAUCUUGUGCAAUAGAUUUUCUCCUGCGGCAAAACAUUAAUCUAGUACAAAGUGUGAGAGAAAAAUUAGAGGUGCUAUUAGUUUCCAAUGACUGUUUAAAUAUAUAUAUAUAUAAUAAUCUUGAAAUGUUUCAAAGUAAGAGAGAAAAGAGAAGAAAAAAAAAUUUAUAUAUCUAGAGCAUUGAAAAAUGAAAAUUAUAGGACAAUGAAUAUUCAUUAAAAAAAAAAAAAAAAAAAAAAUCAUAGAACAAUAUUAAAAUUGAUUUUAAAUCAUAAAUAUAUAUAGAUAGAUAGAAUCGUUUAAAAAAUAAUUUAAAACAAAAAAUACAGAAUCGCGACUUUAAUGAAACAAUAAUAAAUUUGAAAAAUUAAGGGUAUUAUUUUUUGCCUAACACUAUAUAGGAAAUGAAAGAAAAAAAAGUACUAACGAAUAAUUCUUCAACGAAAAACAAAAAAGAAACGUAACAAGGUGCCUUAUUAUUUAUUUCAAAUAACUUCAUUUUCCGGAAAAUACAAAAAAGAAAAAAAAAUUCUGGGGUAACAUAAAUAUGACAAGACUAUUAACCAAUAAUAAUAAAUUAAAAAAAAAAAAAAAAAAAAAAGCUAACUUCAGUGUUUAAACUGUUGUCAAUAAUAUUGAAAAAUAUCGGUUUAGUCGCUACAUUACAUAUCGUUUGGUAUAUAUAAUUUUGCCAUUAAUUUCUCAAGAAAUAUUAUAUUUGUUUUAUGUAUAUUUAUAUGUACACAAAUUUUAAUAUCGUUAUUCAGUUUUUUUUUUCUUUUUGAGGAAACUGCCUUUUUUUGGCAUGGUUAAACGGUAAUUUUUUUUCAAUUAACUUGUGCUAUUUUUUUCUUAAAAACGGCAUUUUGUUUUGAGAUUAAUAAUUAGAUAAAAAAAAAAAAUAAAUAAAGUGAAAAAAAAAUAUUCAAAAAAGUUUAGCCAAAAAAAAAAACCCGUGUAAAAAAAAUGUCAACUGUAUUGUUAUUUAAGUUUUGUAGUAUUAUUUUCUAAGUGUGACAGAUGUGUAAAAGCGAUGAUGAUUAUUAUAGUAAUUAUUAAUAAUAUUGUGAAUGUUGAUGAGUGGAUUGUUCGUAUUUGGAUAUUAAAGAAAAAAAAACACCGAGCAAAAAAACAAAAAAAACAAACAACAGCUCGUGAAUUAUUGUCAAAAAAAAUCGUCUCUAGAUACGAUGUUAACAUCUAAAAAUAUUGGCAGCCUUUUUACUAUCCGGCGGCUACUUAUUAAAUUUCUGAGAUGCAGGAAAAUUUUUUUACAUCGAGAUAUAAAAAUUUCGAUUGUCGAUUAUCGCUAGAAUGAUUUAAAAGUCAUUUUCAAGCGAAUUUUUUUUUUCAAAAAUGAAAAAAAAAACCCAUACGAGCAGUUCAAUUUUUUUUUAAAUUGUGCCAACAAAAAAAAAUUGUUCAAUAAUUAUUUAAUUCUUUAUUAAGUAAAAUUAAAUGAUAGAAAUAAAAUCUUGAAGUAGAUUUGAGAAAAAUUUUCAAAAUCGAUAAAAAUAAAUAAAAAUUUAUAAAAAAAUAUAUAAAAACUUUAAAAACAAAAUUGAUAAGAUUUUUGCUAAAAAUAAAUUGUUUCUUUUUGUACAAAUUGUCCUGCUCGUUAUCUCGUUUGAGAUUAAAAGUAAAAAAAAAAUUAGUCUGCACAUUCCUAAAUCUCAAGAAGUGUAACGAAAAAAUAGAGAGGCUCUUUAAGUUUUUUGAUUUUCUUCCAUUAAAAAAAAAAAAAACAAAAGUUCCUACGUGUAAUCAAAAUCUGAAAGACCUCUUUAUAUAGUGCUUUUUUAUUGCAAUGUUUAGAAAUUUAUAUAUGUAUAGAUAAUGUACACGAAAUGCGAGUGGAAAUUGUGUUUUUUUUUAUCACAAAAAAUUUCCGCUCACUAGUCCUUUUUUUCGUUAUUUUUUUUUUCUUUUUUUUUUUUUUUUUUGAUAACUUUAACGUGAUAAUAAAGCAUUUAAUGUUGAAGAUGAAAUUUAAGGGAAAAUAUGGCUGUGCAGGCAGUAUGAAAAAUAUUUCUCCAUUAAUAACUUAAAAAGAGAGAAAAAAAAAAAUAUUUAAAAAAUUAAUUAAAAAAAAAAAAAAAAAAAAAACCUAAAAA